AACUUCCGGGUCAAGUUCUUCCUGUGAAAUUUAAAGUUUUCUCAUCGAGCGUGAGUACCAGUCAGACCGCUGCAGGCUAGUAAUGAGUCAUAUUCGCGAUUUUUGGACAUGUGGACCCACCUGUGCUCCUGAUGUUACCUGUCAAACAUGUCCUGUCGACACGAACACUGUGGCACGUUAGGGGGCGCUGCAGUUUGUCAGGGAGCGUGGAUGCUGAUCAGGUCAGGACUCUGCUGCAGCUCUGUGUGGACAGAUACUACGUCUCACCCGGUCACACAAACUUGGAGUUGUUCCGCCGUGGUAUGAGCUGUAGCUUUGGGCCUCUGGGCAUGGAGCUGAGGAGGAACCUGCUGGAACAGUGGUGGCGCUCUGUGACCACCUCCAGAGCUCAGGUGUUUGGGAUAAACACUGUGAGCAGCAGCAGGGACACAGACACUGAUGGAGGAGGAGGAGGAGGAGGAGGAGGGAGGAGGAGGGAGGAGGAGGGAGGAGGAGGAGGAGGAGGAGGAGGAGGAGGAGGAGAACUGAGGAUGGUUGAAGCUGAAAGACUUAAACAAAUAAUUGGACAGGAAGAGCUGAGUAAGGAGCAGAUCAUCCAGGAGGUGCAAACGCUCCUUCACAGGUCCCCAUCUGUGAGAACUAACUUACUUCAAGGUGCCUUGGAGCAGUUUGUGCCGUUGUUGGAGCUGGUGAACAGGAAGUUGCCCUUUGGCCUGGCUGAGACCAAUCUGUGCUUUCAGCCUUCGGAUGGUUCUGGUUGUCCUGCUGAAGUCACCCAGACGUCUCUGGUGUGGUUCUGCUCUCCUCGCACAUCUCCACAGUGGCUCGAUCACUGGGCUCGACAGAGGCUGAAGUGGUGGAGAAAAUUUUCACUGUCUCCCUCCGACUUCAGCAGCAGUGACGUGCCGGAGGGAGAACUUGUGGUGGCAGCGUCCCGCGGUGUGAGAAUCGUCUAUAAUUUCCCGUGGGGACAAGAGCCACUGGAGAUGCUGUGGAGCCGAGGAGACACUGAGCUGCUGCAGACACACAAAGGUGUUCGAUCAAAACUUCAGUGUCGAAAUGAACGCAAGUCAGUGCCUCAUGUUGUUUCUCUCACCGGGAACAUGGAUCGUGGCAUGAUGGCCUUUUUGUCCAACUCACUGCAGCUGCAGAAGAAAAGAGACAGCAAACAGAGGCUGCACCAGAGAAAAGUUCUGAAGUUGAAUCCAGUGUUGGCUCCAAUAAAAGUGGCUUUAGACAUUGGCAGAGGAGCUACGAUGGAGUUAAGACAGGUCUGUGAAGGCCUUCUUCAAGAGUUUAUGGAGUCUAAAAUCACUGUGUGGCCUGGGUACCUUGAAACUAUGCCAACAUCAAUGGAGCAGCUUCAUGCCAAAUACGAUGAGAUGGGAGUGCUCUUCACUGUGGUGGUCAGUGAGAACACCAUGGAGAGUGGCCUCCUCCAGGUUCGCAGCAGAGACACCACAAUCAAGGAAACCAUGCACAUCUCUGAGAUUAAGAACUUUAUCUCUAGAUAUGUUUCUGCUGCAGACAAAAUCUGAAGAGACAUACUGUGAUGGCACCCAGGAUAUUGUGCUGCCUCAGUGUCCUACAGAGACAUCCUUGUGAUAAAUAUUUCCUCUAUCUGUAAUGUUUUAUUGAAUAAUAGAUGGUUCAGUGUGAUCCAGCCAGGAACUGUGGAUGUGUUUGGCUGGCUGGCCAUUCUGUACCAUAUCUGAUAAACUGAGAGACUCCUAUCAUUACUGGUCAAAAUGGCAGUAUGAGACAUGGACAGUUUAUGUUCAUGUGCACAAAACCAUUGAGCAUGUACUUGCCAGAUGACGCUGAUUCUGAUGAUGAUAUCCCUCAGCCCAGUUUCAGUACAUUCAAGCCAAAGGGUGGAUCAUUUAUGACAAGGCAGGACAAUUUAUAAUUUUCAAAUCAUAAUCACAAUUUGAAACAAUGCGAUUUGCAAAUCACAAAGGUUGCAAUUUAUUUU